AUCUUUUUAAGCUAGUACGACAUGGAUCGAAAAAGAGAUAUGAACAUGUAUACUUGAUUUAAAAUAACAAUAAAACUGCAAAUAAGUACAGAAUAUAAGGACUAAACAGUCAGUUAGCAAAGUAAAUAGGAAGUUGAGUAAUGCGUUAAACCACAAUAUCAGGUUUUCCUGGACUUCUUCACUGAUUUUAGGAGAAACGUAAAAUCUUACUAUUUCAUAGUUUUUGCAAUGGCGAAUGUUUGUCCGAUUCCAAGCGAUUCAUACAAGGUGGGGUUCAUAGGAGCUGGAAAAAUGGCUGAAAGCAUAGCUAGAGGUGUUGUUAAAUCUGGGAUAUUGCCUGCUAAUCGUAUUCGAACAGCUCAUAGUGGAUCGGCUCGUCGUACUGCUUUUGAGUCUAUUGGGGUUACUGUAUUUGAGAAUAAUAACCAGGUGGUUGAAGACAGUGAUGUGAUUAUAUUCUCUCUGAAGCCUCAAGUGGUUAAAAAUGUGGUGUCACAGGCAUCGGACCUGGGAUCCUCUCAGAAAGACCUUCUGGUGUCGGUUGCUGCUGGUCUUAAGUUAAAGGAUUUGCAGGAAUGGGCAGGUCAAGGCCGAUUUAUUAGGGUGAUGCCAAACACUCCCUCUGCUGUUGGUGAAGCCGCCACUGUCUUUACUUUGGGGGAAAAGGCAACAGCAGAAGAUGGAGAAUUAAUUUCCAAGUUAUUUGGAGCUAUUGGUAAGGUGUGGAAAGCUGAUGAGAAGCUGUUUGAUGCAGUUACAGGCUUAAGUGGUAGUGGACCAGCGUAUGUUUUUCUAGCAAUAGAGGCAUUGGCUGAUGGAGGAGUGGCUGCUGGUUUACCUAGGGAGCUUGCACUUGGACUAGCAUCUCAAACCGUGCUUGGAGCAGCAUCAAUGGUCACCGGUAUGGCCAAGCAUCCUGGUCAACUUAAAGAUGAUGUUGCAUCACCAGGGGGAACAACCAUUGCUGGAAUUCACGAGCUGGAGAAGUCUGGGUUUCGCGGUAUCUUGAUGAAUGCAGUUGUUGGUGCAGCUAAACGCAGUCGAGAGCUUUCUCAGAAUUAAUGUAAUUAUCUCUUAGGGUCGCGGAGAACCAGGUGGAAGCUGCUAUGCCUAUCAGAGUUUUGAAGUGCUAAAUUAUAAAGUGAAAGCUGCAGAUCUUGUUGAUGCAUGAAAGAAAUGAGGCUGUGCAAUUCAUUUUUGACCAAAAUAAAGCACUGUAUCUUUUUAAACUUUUGGACCAAAAUGCCCAUAUUUAGUAAAGAGAACGCGGCACAUUAAUCACUAUAAAUAAAGAUUAUUUAUAGUUA